CAAAGGUUAAGGUUAUAAUAUUAAAAGUUCUUGACUUUUAAACUAAGAUCUAGUGUAUUACUUAUAUUUAAAUAUGUAAUAAAUUAAGAGUUACAAAUAAAGCAAAGUGUGUCUUACACAACCGAAUGCUACAUUUAACUAUUCUAACCUAAUAACCAAAACAUAAACAAUCAACAAUGUCCGCUAGAUUUGAUGUGGCCCUACACAAAUUUCGACAGCAAUGCCCUUAUGUGAGCAAAGACCUGCUCCGCUGGUUCCCUGGUCAUAUGAACAAAGGUCUAAAACAGAUGCAACGUAAAUUAAAAAGCGUUGACUGUGUCAUAGAAGUACACGAUGCCAGGAUACCUUUUACAGGCAGAAAUCCAAUCUUCACAAGCACAUUGACUGGCGCUAAACCUCACAUAUUAGUCCUUAACAAGAGGGAUUUAGUCAUAACAUCAUUAAUACCUCGAAUUAAAGAUCAACUAAAAGCUGAACAAAAUGUCGACAAUGUCGUGUUUACAAACAGCAAAGAUCAGUUUUGCCGCGGUCUGAAGACUAUUAAACCUUUAAUGGUUGAUUUAAUAAAAAAUUCUAAUAGGUAUAACAGAAGCGAGGAGCUAGAGUAUAAUGUUAUGAUAAUUGGAGUUCCAAAUGUCGGUAAAUCCUCUAUGAUCAACAUGUUGAGAUCCAGGAAUAUUAGUGGAAGGCAUGUGCUGCCGGUCGGUGCGGUUGCCGGUGUAACCAGGAGUCUUAUGAUGAAGAUGAGAAUAAAUCAUGACCCCUGUAUAUUUAUGUUGGAUACUCCAGGUAUCUUAGAGCCAUCAGUAACAAAUAUAGAAAUGGGUUUGAAGCUUGCAUUAUGUGCUGCACUUCAAGAUCAUCUUGUAGGCGAGGAGAUCAUCGCAGAUUACUUGCUGUACUGGCUUAACAAGCAUAGGAAAUUUAAAUAUGUGGACUUCAUGGGCUUAGACGAGCCUUGUGAUGAUAUUAAUAAGGUACUCCUCUCCGGUGCCAUUAAAUACAACCGUAUCAGAAAAGUUAGAGACUUUGAUGGUAAAGUCCGGGAUGUACCGGACCUUCUUGAAACCUCCAGACACAUUAUUAAAGCCUUCAGGACGGGAGAAUUGGGAAAAGUUAUUCUAGAUAUUGACCUGCUGGAGAAUAGACCUAGCAAUAAACAGGAGGUUCUAGCAUAACUGUUCUAUUAACCUUUAUAUUCAGCUCAAUACAAAGAGAAAUGAAAUUUUUGGAACUACCAUUUAAAUGAAGAAAUUAUUAAUCCACAUAACGAACUUUCCUUUAAAAUGUAGUUCAUUCACUCACUUAUUAUGUCGGAUGCUGAGAAUUAUCAGGUCUGAAGUUUGUCAACAUGCUCUCGAGAGUGAUGCCAUCCAUGUUAAAAGAUUUGGAAAAAUUCAAAUACUAAAGACAAAUAUAGUACUGAAACUAAUGUAAUAAAAAAAGUAGCCAAAAUGAUAUGAUACAAACGAUGAAAACCUAAAUCAAAGAAACUGUCAGACCUCGAGAAACUGUUAAUUCUUUCUGUGUGCAACAAAACGUAAAGUCAAUAAAUUUAUAGAAAAUUUGAGGAUAAAUAACGUCUUAGUUGUCCGUGACUCAAACUAAAAUAUACAUAAUUUAAAUAAAAAAUAAAAAAUAAUAAAACAUUCAAUGUCAGAUUAAACCACGAAAGUCAUCAUAGUCCUAUUUGUUAAAACACAUCAGAUGUAAUGCCUGAUGAGCACGUAUUUAUACAGAGAUAUGUAAAUAUACAGGAAAUGGCAAAUUAUAGUAAGAAUCAGCUAAAAUCUGUUGUAAUAUAAAACAGUCGACUAGCAAUGUACACAUAAGCCAUUUUAAUUAAGUCACCAUUCAUAGUUAGUGUCGAUGGCAACACGCAUCUUCAAUUAGUUUUCUAAUCUUCUAUAAAUAGAGAAGUCUCCAUAAAGUCUAUGGGUUAUAAUAACCGCUUAACUCCACGCGAUCCGUGAGCUCGAUCACCCAUCUACGCAAUAAAAACAUAUACAACGUAUUUUUACGCAACUAAAUGAUAUUGUAGAAUGAAUAUGAGUAAAUGAAUUAUGAAUACUAAUUAGUAGGUAUUUCCUACGUCUUGAGUUUUUGUCGCUUUUUUUUUUGAACUAAAGUUAUUAUUUUAGUGAUGAAAAAAUUUUGAAUCUUUUUCCGGUGUCCGUGAUUAAAUUACAUAGUUUUAAUUGCCUCUGAAUAUAUUAAGUGUUGAAUGAAACUUUAAAACUAAUCAUACCAACGCUUGCUGAUACCUAUUUGUACCAUAGCGGGUAGAUAACGGUAUACGA